CGGGGAGCAGAGAGGCUGAGAUCAACCCAGAAACCUCCAACUCUCCCGCGGAAGCUCACAGCUCACCGCUCGCCUCUCGCCCUCCAGCAUGAAGGUCUCUGCUGCCCUCCUGUGCCUGCUGCUAGUGGCCGCUGCCUUCAGCCCCCAGGGCCUUGCUCAGCCAGAUGCGGUUAAUACCCCAACCACCUGCUGCUAUAGGUUCAACAAGAGGAUCCCAAUCCAGAGGCUGAGGAGCUACCAACAAAUCACCAGCACCCUGUGUCCCCAGGAAGCUGUGAUCUUCACGACCAAACUGGCCAGGGAGGUCUGCACCGACCCCACGCAGAAGUGGGUGCAGGAUGCCAUCGCGUAUCUGGACAAGCAAACCCGAACUCCAGUGCCUUUGACCACUGAUGCCUGAACUGAAACCAAGCCAUGACUCCAGAAGCAAUCUGUGUCUCCCAUCCUUUCUGGGGGCUGUUCUGAUAUUAAUUUAUUAUAAUUUAAGGAAUUAUGUAAUAAUGUGAACCAUAGUUUUUCUUCAAUGUGUUUGAAAGUUAAUAUUUUAAUUUAAUCCAUCAUUGAUCUUGGGGAGUUUUAACUGUAAAGCCUUGGACCCAUCAUGUCACUUCAGACCUAUAAACACUGUGGGAUGCCACUCCCCUCUCUACCUCUUGAUGUUUUUAGGUAGGUCCUUGCAAGAAUCGAUGCAAAGUUAGUUGUUCUUUUUUUUUUAAUGUUAGCAGGUGAUGUUCCUA